GUAUUAGUGAUGUUUCUAUAAGCUACAUAAUAGUGAAUAGAAAUAUUCACUACCUUGGAAACAUUGGAAAGACAAUGCAACAUAUUUCUCCAAAUGGUUGGAAGUCCAAACAUUCACGUGUGCCUUUAAUAAGAAAAUGUCAGACUCUAUCGACGCUGCCGUUUGAUAAGUUCCUAUUAUGUGUCUUUCUGGGAGUGCUCACCUUUCCUUGCUGUGUCCACUGUGUAAUAUUCAAAGUGGGGGUCGUGGGGCCUUGGAACUGCGAUCCUGUUUACUACAAGGCCCUUCCCACUYUAGCAGCCAGGCUAGCUGUAAGCAGGAUAAACGUAGACCUCAGCCUGGAUCUGGGUCUGACAAUGGACUUCAUCAUCCUCCAGGAGCCUUGUGAAACCUCCAAAGCACUCACCACUUAUAUUUAUUAUGAAAAGUCAGAAGAUGCGUUAAUUGGCUCUCCUAACCCUGGAUACUGUAUUGCAGCUUCUCUGCUGGCGAAGAACUGGGACAAGGCCCUCUUCUCCUACAGCUGUGUUAGCUAUGACCUAGACCGGACAAUUGGCUAUCCAACAGUUGCCUGGACGGUGCCGUUUCCCAUUGAGGUGCUGUUCACUGUGUUCAAACACUACAGGUGGGCCAGCUCUGUGGUCAUCUCAUCCAACGAAGACAUGUGGAUUGAUGCAGCUGUGGGAGUGGCUUCUGCUCUGAGGAGGAAGGGGCUCCUCGUCCCCUUCGUCUCAGCAAUGGGUCUAAAUGAAACAGAGGUGGAGAGCACGCUGAGGAAGAUCCAAAAUGUAGGACAUAUAAGAGUCAUUAUAAUGUGCAUGCACUCUAUCCUGGUUGGAGGUGAACCUCAGGCUGUUUUUCUUCUCAAAGCACAUAAGAUGGGGAUGACUUCAGGGCAGUAUGUGUUCGUGACCUAUGACACCCUGCACUACAGCGUGCCCUACACCAACGUCUCCUACUCCCCUCUCCAAAACGACAGCGUCCUGAGGGAGGCCUACGAUGCCGUGCUCACCAUCACCAUGGCCUCCGAGCUGCAGUCCUUCAACGAGGCGCUCACUGCUGCCAAGUGGAGCGGGGAGGUGACGCUGCCYGUGGAGGCAGAACAGGUUCACCCACUAUUUGGGACCAUCUACAAUAGCAUAUACCUGCUGGCCAAGUCAAUCCACAACACCAGGAAAGCAGGAGUGAAUUUGUCAGGCUCCAACCUGGCCUACUUCACAAAGAACACAACCUUUGACGGCUUCAACCAGAGGGUCCGCGUYGACACGAGUGGGGUAGUGAGGACCAACUACGUCAUUCUAGACUCUGACAGCAAGGGGAGUCACCUUUACCAGGCCUACAUAGUAGACUUGACAUCAGGAGUGCUUCGUUUUGCAGGGAGGUCCAUUCAUUUUCCAGGAGGAUCUCCUCCGACGGCCGACUCCCUCUGCUGGUUUGACGACAAUGCCAUCUGCACCGGAGGUGUGGAGGUGUCAUACAUCAUAAUAGUUUUGGCUGUCAUUCUCAGUCUGGGUGUUGGAGGGCUCGUCAUAAGCUUUUACAUCAGGAGYAGGCUUCAACAGAUCCAGCUGAUUAAAGGUCCCAAUCGGAUCCUUCUGACUCUAGAGGAUUUGACUUUUAUCAAUAUUCAGCUUAGCAAAAAGAAAAUCACUUUGGAGGACCUGAGUGGGUCCAGGAGUGCUCUGGAGGAGAAAUCUGCGGACCACUCACACUCUGUGAACAGCAUGCAGGCUGCUACCUUUGAGAAUUCAAACGUUGCUGUGUAUGAGGGCGACUGGGUUUGGCUGAAGAAAUUUGAGGAGGGUCAGUUCAAGGAGGUGAAACAAAGCACCAGCAGGAUUUUCACAAAGAUGAAGGACCUCAGAAACGAGAACGUAAACCCCUUCCUGGGCUUUUUCUUGGACUGCUCCAUGUUUGCGGUGGUGACGGAGCACUGCUCCCGGGGCAGCCUGCAGGACCUGCUCAGGAACGAGGAUGUUAAGUUAGACUGGAUGUUCAAGUCCUCACUUUUACUUGAUCUAAUCAAGGGGAUGAAGUACCUUCACCACAGGGAGUUCCCCCAUGGCAGACUAAAAUCUCGGAACUGUGUAGUGGACGGGCGCUUCGUUCUCAAGAUUACAGACCACGGCUUCAACGAGCUGCUGGAGACUCAGAAAGCUCCCUUUGAAGAGCCCCUACCAGAAGUUCAAGAUAAUCAACAAGGGUAAGAAGACCAAUAUUAUUGACUCUAUGCUCAGGAUGCUGGAGCAGUACAGCUCAAACCUGGAAGAUCUGAUCCGAGAGAGAACCGAGGAGCUGGAGGUGGAAAAACAGAGAACAGAGAAGUUGCUUUCUGAGAUGCUUCCACCUUCUGUUGCUGAGGCCCUAAAGACCGGUGCCACAGUGGAACCAGAGUACUUCGAUCAGGUGACGAUCUACUUCAGUGACAUUGUGGGGUUCACCACCAUCUCCUCGCUCAGCGAUCCCAUCGAAGUGGUGGACCUUCUCAAUGACCUCUACACGCUGUUUGAUGCUGUUCUCAGUAACCACGAUGUCUACAAGGUGGAGACCAUUGGUGAUGCCUACAUGGUGGCGUCUGGCCUUCCUAAAAGGAAUGGCAACAAACARGCAGCGGAGAUCGCCAACAUGUCGCUGAACAUCCUCAGCUCGGUGGGUUCCUUCCACAUGCGACACAUGCCCGAGGUGCCCGUCAGGAUACGGAUAGGAAUCCACUCAGACAACUGGCAAGAGAUGGUGACAGAUGAGAUCAAGACUCAUUUCCGCAAGGCCAACAGGCAGGUGGACAAAAAGUGAAUGGAUGAGAAGAAGGAAGAGGAGAUUUGUUUAAAGGAGGAACAUCAGCAGGAGGAUGAGGCUGGAAGAGCCAGCCUCUCGGUGUGGCCUAAUGCAGACUUCUUUAAGAGGAUUGUUCAUCGACUGGCUAAUCUUCCUGCAGCCAGCACAGCGGAACACGGUGCUAAUGUAAUGAGAGAGAGAGAGAGAGAGAGAGAGAGAGGUCACAUGAUCUGCCUACCUGUCUGCUGCCAGAACAGCAGGAACCUGCUCCUUAAUGAAGGAUGGACCCAUUCGAUCCUCUCUAAACUCUCUGACCACUGAGUGGUCAACAGGGCGACCGCAGGGUCACCUGUCCACAGACUGACUGAACGCCCCCAACGCCUAUUUCAUGCUGACYUUUUUAUUCACGGUGUCUGUUUGUAGGUAACUCAGAUGAGGUUCUUAGCUGCUGUUAUAAUAAUAUUAACUAUCCAAAUGCUGCUAURGUGUCCACGUGUCUGAAAGAGAAAACAGCUGCUGCUUUUUUUGUGUGUGUGCUUAAUUAUCCCACCCCUACAAGUUUUUUUUUGGACCAAACACAUUUUGUUUAGUAUAAGAAUAAAAGAGUUGGGUUAUGAAAAUUUUUCUCUGUUUUUGCCCUGUGAGUCAAUUAAAAUCUCAACUUCCUCACAGGGAAACACAAAGGUCCUGUCUGUAUGGAGGACCGAAACUGACAUAAAUAAAAAUAAAAGGAGAAAUAUAUAA